GCGGCAUCUAGAGUCGGCAGUCAUGAAUCUCCACCAAUUCCGACUUUCGGAACCACUUAGACUUGAAGUUGCCGGUGGAGGCCUUUGAUAAGUAUGCACUUUCUAUGUUAUGACCCAACCUCAUGACUUCGUGACAAUAACUCCUCGUUUCUCGGUCAACUCAACUGCGACAUAAUUGGCUUCUUCACGAUCACUACUCAAUAGCCCGCACAAUGCCAUUUCUAAACCCUCAGCCCAAGAUCAUCAUCGCCGGUGCAGGCAUUGGUGGCCUCACAACGGCACUGUCCCUCCAUGCCGCUGGGUUCACAGACAUCCACAUCUUCGAAGCAGCGUCACAGCUCACAACUCUUGGUGUCGGCAUCAACGUGCAACCCUCCGCCAUUCUCAUUCUCCGCAAUCUCGGACUCCUGGAAGCUUUUGAAAAGACCGGCGUCAAGACUCAGGAACUCAACUUUUACAACCGCCACGGCCAUCCCAUCCUCAGCGAGCCACGAGGUCUCAAGGCAGGCUAUGCGGUGCCCCAAUUCAGCGUGCAUCGCGGCGAAUGCCAGAUGCUGCUUUUGAGUGCUGUCAAAGAGCGUCUGGGCGAAGGGGUGGUCAGCCUAAACCACGCUCUGACAGGGUUCUCGCAGGACGAGAAGAGCAUCACAGCGGAGUUUUCGCAACGGCGGGACGGUGCGCCGGCAGGACAGUCCAGCGUCACUGGCCAUAUCCUCAUAGCUGCCGACGGAAUCAACUCGACCGCGAGAAAGGUCCUCUACCCCAAUGAAGGCCCGCCACGGUUCUCGGGCCGCAUGCUCUGGCGCGGUUGUAUCGAGCGUGAGCCGUACCUCACAGGAGCUUCAAUGGUCUGGGCCGGCCACGCCGAUCAAAAGUUCAUCGCCUACCCCAUUAGCCAGCGUUCCGCAGACAAGGGCAAGAGUCUCGUGAACUGGAUCGCCGAGCUUAGGAUACGAGACAAGGACGACGAGGAUCUCACGCCACCAAAGACAGAUUGGACAAAAGCAGUCGCCAAGUCUGUGUUUGAGGGGCCGUUUCAGGGGUGGCGGUGCGGUGGACUCGAGAUGAAGGAUCUCAUCAACGCGACUGAGAAGGUUUUCGAAUUUCCUAUGAGUGAUCGGGAUCCCGUCGAGCGAUGGAGUUUCGGCCGCCUCACUUUGCUUGGUGAUGCCGCGCACGCCAUGUACCCGAUCGGCUCCAACGGCGCAUCGCAGGCUAUCAUCGACGCGGAGACUCUUGCGAAGCAACUUGUUGAGAACCGAGACGACGUGGUGGCGGCGCUGAAGGCGUAUGAGUCGGAGCGGUUGCCAGCCACAUCCAAGAUUAUCGUGGCAAAUCGUGGAAAUGGACCGGAUCACGUCUUGCAAAUAUGCGAAGAAAGAGCACCUGAUGGUUUCGAAAACGUCUACGAUGUCGUUCCGAAGGACGAAUUGGAAGACAUUGGUCGGGUCUACAAAAAGGUGGCUGGCUUCGAAAUGGAAAGUGUAAACAAGAAAGCACAAGAAACAGAGGGCAUUUGUGAGAGACUAGGAUUGAAGAGUCCAGCUGAGUGGAUUUAGGCGUUAUAGCUAAUCAAGCGUUGAUGUUUGGCAUCUACAAAAAUCUCAGUUGACUUUAGCAGAAAUACUAGCGAGUUGAGAAAAGCAUUGAGGUUUUGAUACUAGCCCCUCUAAGAUACUAUUCUCAAGCUAUCUUAGGUGCAUUGCAACUCAAAAGCUUUCUCAGGGUGAUGCAGGCUCUCAUUCGGUG